UUUCUUGGCUGUGAAGACACGUGAACACCUUGUGCCCUGAUGGGGGACUCAGGAUCCAGGCGAUCGACUCUAGUGUCUCGGUUGCCAAUAUUCAGAAGAAGUAUUAGCCGGAGACAUGACUCCCUCCCUUCUUCGCCUUCCUCUGCCAGCGCUGUGGGUGUGCACACCUCCUCCCCAUCCAGCACUAACUCCAGCUCAGGGAGCACAGGCAAGCGCCGGAGCAUAUUCCGAACUCCUUCCAUUAGCUUCCAUAACAAGAAGGGGGGGGAGCAAAAGCCUGAUGCCGCCAGCCAGAAUGUUAACAUCUCAAAUGGUGCCCAGCCCUCUCUCAGCACUUUUCAAAAACUGUGCCUGGAGGAACACAUUAAAAGCAGAGGAAGGCAUUCGGUUAGCUUUGGCAGCUCGCGUAGCAAGAAGAUAACAAGGUCUCUGACAGAUGAUUUUGAAAAAGGAAAGGAGCCUUCAGCUAAUAAGAAUGUCUUUAUAAAUUGCAUAAGCUCUGGCAAAAAUGAGGGUGACGAUUCUGGCUUUGCGGAGGAACAGAGCCGCUACUCUGUCAAACAGUCCACACGAAAACUUCUGCCCAAAUCUUUCUCAUCACACUACAAGUUUUCCAAACCGGUUCCACAGAGUCAAUCAGUUUCCUCUGUGCAGCAGACUGGGUGCAUGCUGGAGAUAAAAUCCUAUGUUGAAAGUGAGCCAGUGAUUGCCGCGUCGUCUUCUCCAUGCUCAGCUGAGGUGACAGAGUGCAUAGGGAGUGCUUUGCAGUCUCCACUGCUCUCGGCUGACCUCACAGCUGUCCAGACCCCCUCCGAUUUCAUAACCUUGACGGAGGAUUCUGUUUCAGAGGUUGAUGCUGUGCCAAGCAGUGGGAAUGGAGCGUUGCUAGCAGAGGAUUUUGGCCACAGUGUCUCUACCUCUCAGAUAAUCUUUAAUCCUGCUGCUGUUCCAGUGAAAGAAAUGGAUUAUGUGGGAAGUACUUGCCAGUCUGCUGCUGUAUCUCCCACUAGUCAUGCAAGCUUGUGUAGUGUUGAAUCUAAUAUUUUGUUCAAAACUUCAGCUGCUAAUCAAACAAAAGUAUCAUUGCAAGCCAAUGAAUUACAUGUUACAGAUGCCAGGCACAAAGGAGAAAUGAACUCAGCAAAGGUGAAUUUAGAAACCUUUGCGUUACAGCAUAAAGAAGAACUGGGGAUGCACUCUCCAGCAGCAAAGGAGUUGAGUGGGGACCAAGAGGAAAGCCCGUUCUCCAAGCACAUGAGAGAAACAAUUCCUGUAACGGAGCCUAAGAUUAUUCAAUGUUCUGAACCUCAGUCCUUUAAAACACAUCAGGGAUAUGAAGCAAACUAUCCUAAUGUUGGUCUUGCCAAUAGCUUCAGUCCAUACCGAGAAGGCAGAUUUAUUGAGAAGAGACUCAGAUCCUCCUCGGAAGGCACUGCUGGAAGCAGUCGACUCAUCAUAAAACCAAAGGAUGGCAAUGCAGAAGAGCUUAAUAGCCUACGGAAGCAGAGAGCAAGCUCGUCCUCUUCAAAAAUGAACAGCAUGGAUGUUUUGAAUAACUUGGGUUCCUGUGAGUUAGAUGAAGAUGACCUAAUGCUUGAUUUGGAGUUCCUAGAAGAACAACAUCACCAUCGGACUGUUUGUCGAGAAGACUCUUACCAGUCAAUAGUCUCAUGUGCUGCUGUAGUACUUACCCCAACAGUGGAUACAAGGAAGAAAGAACAGAUGCUAAAAACCGAAGCAUCUAAACAGAACCUCUCUUUGAAACUGUCGAAGGAGGUAGAACAAGGAGAAACCAGGUAUCCCCGUAUUAGCCAGCUGGCUGGCAGCCCAUCUGUGGAGUGGCCUUUUACUGGUUUGGAAGAAGGCGGAGGCAUUGAAUCUUUGCCCUUCAGACUGAUGCUGCAAGAUUGCACAGCUGUAAAGACAUUGCUACUGAAAAUGAAGAGGGUUCUUCAGGAGAGUACAGACAUGAGUCCAGCUAGCAGCACCACCUCACUCCCUGUUAGCCCUCUUCCCGAAGAGCCAUUACUUUUUAAGGAUGGAAUAAAAGAUGAAUGCUCAGUGCUGAAGCUACAGCUGAAGGAGAGAGAUGAACUCAUAGCCCAACUUCGUGAGGAACUGGAAAAAGCUCAGUGUUUGCAGAAGGCUCUUGCUUCCCAGGCAGAUAAAUCCACACAGACAGAACUUUUUGGCCAUGAUGCCCUGUGGAAUUCUCCAUGUUCUGAAGGCUUAGUUUACAAACCUAUCAGCCUCUCAUUGGUUCCAUCAUUAUUAAAUUAAAAAACAACAUCUGGACACUCUGCACUUAUGGAUUUAAUUUAAUACUGAUGUAUAAUAAAUGAGUUACAAGUUAAAAUUACUGGCAGAAUCUACUGCUUCGUAUUUGGUUUUCAGCAAACAUCACUUUUUUGGCUGCACUAUCUUUAUUAUUAACAUAUAUAAGUAAAUGAUUAGUAAGUUAUCAUGCAGUUAUUAUCUGAAAUAAAAUUCAAUUAUUCUUAUUGCAUGCACUUUAAUCAUCUAUUGGUGAUUCACAACAUGUAAGAAACUUCAGUGAUGAUUGUCUCUGAGACUGGAAAAUACAUCUUCAAGAUCUGGAAGCCUAAAGAAACUAUUAGUUUUGAAGCUUUUUAAUUUAUGUCUUGCAAUAAUAAUGAGUUAACACCAUUUGUGAAUACACUAUCGAUGCCUUUUGGCAUGUGCUCUAUUUCAUGAAUAUUAAUUUUUGUAAUUUUUAUGUGAGAUCCAGGAGAUAUUUCUGUAGGGAAUUUCAUAAUCUUUUACAAUGCCAAAAUUUGCCCAGCUUUAUCCUAACAAAGGGGAUAGCUGAUCCUAAAAAUGUGCACUGUAAUUUCUGAAUGCCUUAGAAUCAUACCUUUACUUUUUAUGUACUUUGUCUUCCAAGCGAUGUUUUUUAAGACCACUGAUGCUUGUGAACUAAGUAGAUAUUGUUUGAUGAACAUGACUGUGCUGUGUUAAGUUGCCAAAAAAUAUAAAUAUCACUGGAUCAUGUCUUGAUUAAUGCAAGAAAUAAGCAAAUUGUAGGGUUCACCACAAACCCUGCCACCGUUUUUUGUUGCUUCAGUGUUCCUUUUCCUCUGAUUGACUUCAUUCACUUGGGGAUAUACUCUACACUAAACCUUUACCAGGUAAGAUGAGAAAGUGAUUGUGCCAGCAGCAGGCUUACAAGUUUCCUGCUAAUACAUUAUUCUGCAAUCAUGGGAUGAUACUUGGACUUUUGCUAAUGUGCCAUUUUAAUUAAGUCACAUAGUAUAUGGUAGGAAGACUUAACUCAACCUGAGCAACUGUUUGGAAUCCAUGGCUUCAAUUUUAAGCAGAGACCAUACUACUCUAAUUUAAAGAUAACAUUUCACAGGGUAUUCUGAAAUGGAUCCAAACUGAGAUUAAAAACAUUCAACUAAAAUGUCUUGUGACAACUGAAAGUGAAUGGACUUCCUACACAGGUGAUGUUGCAUUGUUGUGGCUGAUUAUGGUUCCACUUAACAUGGUGCUACUAUUUACCAGUCUUAUUUCCUCUUUUCUUCUUUCCUUUAUAACAACCAUCUUCAGCAUUUUCUCUCAUUCUUUCAAUCAAGCUUCCAGGAACUUCUUUGUGUAUAAAACUGUAUAGUUCUCUUUGUAUUUGUCAAAGGUAUAUUGAAAACACAGUGAAGUAGCAAAUAAAUAAUUUGUUAAAAAAAAAAAAAAACACCUAAAUGACUAUGUGCAUUUUAUCCUUUUUGAACUUGACAUUCCUUACUGAACUUCAUCUGCUACCAUUAUUCCUUCUCUUUCUGCGCAUUUGAGAAUCCGUUUUAAAGCCUUUCAGCACAGAAUUGCCUAGCUUAUGCUGUCUGUCGUGCUUUCUUUUUUCAUCACCAUUUUUAUUAUGCUAAUAUUUUCAGUCUGUGUAGGAUAAUGUUAUUUGGAAGAGGAUAGGGAGAGCAUUUUUCAUUCUGAUGCGUUGGCACAGAUCUGUAUGCUGCUUAAAGACAUAGAUUUUGAAAAUGAAGAGAGCUGUGAAAAAACUUACUGUGAAAGUCAUGCAAAGAAGAAAAGUUGAAGAAAAAUAAGACAAUUUAAGAGUUCGGAUGAGAAGAAAAACUAGUUUUGCUUCCUAAACAAUCAGUUUACUUGUUCCUCCAAAGUCUUCUUGAAUCUGUAUAUAAAAUACUGAAACUUCUGGUGUAUUUCUAAAGCUGCCACCCUACUGAAGUGUUGCUACAGCUGUUGUUUCAUUGAAAAACUGAAAACAGUCCUGUGACUUAUGAGCAUGGAUUUGGAUUUUAACUUUAUGCAUCAUUUCCAAUACAUUUUCCUUUGUUUCUUUUCUUUUUCAUUGCUUUUGACAAUAUGAAUCACUAAGGAAUUACUCUGGGUUGUUGGGGUUUUUUUGCUCACAAAGGAUUCUAGUAGUCCGAAAAAAAAAAAAAAUCAUGAUUGAUAAGUGAUAUUUAGACUUCAGGCAGACACAAUCAGCGUGUCUACUGAAGUUCCUAAACAUAUUUCAUCUGUGAAUUAUUUUGAAUGGAGAACUCUUUAGAACAUAUCUUCCUUUGUUACUGAGUGGAUUUUCUCUUUGCACUUACUUGACAGUAUUUAUCAGUACAGAAGCAGUAUUUAGACUUACCGCUUAUUAUAAGGACCAAAGAAAUUGUUGACAGGACAUUUACAUUGGUUUAUGUCUUCACACUAAAGUAAAAGUUCUUAAUUAAAGUAGAAAUUGGUUCUUCUGAAUAUACAGUAAUAAGGAAAAUAAUUAUUUUAGAAAGCAACUCUAGGAACACUGGAGAAAAACAAAUCAUCUUGCCUUAAGCCUGUGUCCUGUUACUUUUACCUUCACUUUUUUCUCAUACUGAGCACUGAUGUUUAACAAGUGCUGGAGUAUGUUAUUCUACCUAAGAUGUGUUAUUUUUUCCAAUUGAUGCUUUACUAAAAAUAUCAAAUAAUCUGAAUUUGGUUUUUGCACUUUCUUUCAGUGGUAUCCAAAUGACUGAAUGUGGUGUUGCUUGAUAUAGUAUAA